AGUCAGGGCGGUCUCCCGGGGGCCCGCGAACCAAGCCAGCGGUCCGCGGCGAAUCGUGUUUCCAACCCGACCUCAUCUCCUCCGCACUCUCCGAAAUGCACAAGUUCGACACCAACUGCAUGACGCUGACGCGUUUCGUGCUGCAAGAGCAGCGCAAAGUGCCGGAGGCGACCGGGGAUCUGACGCAGCUGCUCAACAGUAUUCAGACCGCCGUAAAAGCCGUGAGCUCGGCCGUGAGGAAGGCCGGCAUAGCCAAGUUGCACGGUAUUGCAGGAACUGUAAACGUUCAAGGAGAAGAUGUUAAAAAGUUGGAUGUUCUCUCCAACGAACUGUUCAUCAAUAUGUUGAAAUCAUCCUUCACUACAUGCCUCCUAGUGAGCGAAGAAAAUGACACCUACAUAGAGGUGGAAACGGAAAGGAGAGGCAAAUACAUAGUAUGUUUCGAUCCUCUUGAUGGCUCAUCCAACAUAGAUGUUCUUGUGACGAUUGGAUCAAUUUUCUCUAUUCUGAGAAAGACGACCGAUGAGCCUUUGAGUGAGAAGGAUGCUCUCCAGCCAGGAAAUAAACUGGUUGCUGCCGGGUACGCAGUCUACGGCAGUGCCACCAUGAUGGUCCUGACUUGUGGCCGCGGUCAGGGAGUGAACGGCUUCAUGCUUGACCCGGUAGGAUAUGCCAUUGGUGAGUUUGUACUGACGGAUGUCAACAUUCAGAUCCCCAAUCGUGGCAAGAUAUUUAGUAUAAAUGAGGGCUAUUCACAUUUAUGGGAUGAAGCAGUAACAGAAUACGUGAAAAACAAGAAAGAUCCCAAGCAAGGGAAGCCUUAUGGAGCUCGUUAUGUAGGUUCCAUGGUCGCAGAUGUACAUCGAACAUUGAAAUAUGGAGGUAUAUUCAUGUACCCAGCAACUAAAGAUGCUCCUAAUGGAAAACUGCGACUACUUUACGAGUGCAAUCCUCUUGCAUUCAUUGUUAAAGAAGCUGGUGGACUUGCAACUACAGGCAAGAUUCCUAUUUUGGAUGUGCAGCCGACAGCAAUUCAUGAAAGAUCACCUAUAUUUUUGGGUUCCAAAGAUGACGUGCAAGACCUUAUUGAUCUAUAUAAAAAAUAUUCAAAUUAAAAAAAAAUAAAAAAAAUUAAUAAUCCAGUAUUUUUAGGAUUUUUGUCAAUAUGAGACUGAUUAAAAAAAGUACAAUAAAAAUGUGACUUCCAUAAAUUUAUUUACAAAUCUUUCCACUGCCAUGUCAUACACAAAGUUUAUCCAAUAAUUAUAAAGUACAUCUUAUAUAAUUAGGAUGAAUAAAGAAUGGUCUCAGUUGAGACCUAUUAUUGUACUCAAUAUAAAACACACGUGACAAAAGUACAAAGAAAACAGCACUAAUACUGAGAGAAGUGCAUGUA